AUGCUACAUUAUCUGCGACGCCAAGCCACUCCUGCCGCUCCUGUCACCCCUGUCACUCCUGCCACUCCUGUCACUCCUGCCGCGUCUGUCACUCCGGCCACUCCUGCCACGCCUGCCACUCCUGUCACUCCUGUCACUCCUGUCACCCCUACGAGUGCUACACCUACAACUCCUGCCACUCCUGCCGCUCCUGUCACCCUUGUCACUCCUGUCACUCCUGCCACUCCUGUCACUCCUACGACUGCUACACCUCCUUCAACUCCUGCCGCUCCUGCCGCUCCUACAUAUCCUGCCGCUUCUGCCACUUCUGUCACUCCUGCCACUCCUGCCACGCCUGCCACUCCUGUCACUCCUGUGACCCCUACGAGUGCUACACCUACGAACUCCUGUCACUCCUAUCACCCUUACGAGUGCUACACCUCCUACACCUCCUACCACUCCUGCCGCUUCUGUCACUCCCUCCUGCCUGCCUGCCAGUCCGUCGAGCACACUAAAAUGAAAUUGCAGGAAAUUUAUGAGGCAAGGGACAAGUUGAUCGAAAGCAAAACCAUCCCUCCUGCUUCCCAAUCGGUAUUGGAAGAACGUUUACCCAUAUUUUGCAAAUCAUACCCCCGUCAACCACUUACCAAACCACCGCGCUCGAACAAGGAACUCAAAGCAUAUGGACGGUUAAAGAAGGCCCACCAGGUUUACCUGAAGAUAUUCCAAAUUGAUCCAUAUAUUAUAAUUCCUUUCAUGCUCGAGGUCUCCCCAACAGCUUCCACCAAGUUCGAUAUAACAGCCUUCCGUCAACAACACAAUGAGAGACUCUCAAUAUACUUGGAUGAUGAAGCAAGGGACUUUCUUGAUAAUAUAUCUGGCACUCUUGGUAUCUAUAACAGUCCUCGAUAUGCAGAGUUGAUCAAGUUCCAUUUCACCCAAGUCCUGUAUAACGCGUUGGCUCCCGUAACUGGAGCUGAAAGUCAAGAUCCCUGGACAUAUCAUGCCACAAACCUUACAUCAAUCCGAGAUAUACUCGGGGUACGAAUAUCGGAAGGUGUUGAAAGCUCCCCAGUCCACAAGCGCCACAACAUCGAAACAACAGAAUGUGUCAAAACACAAUUCCCUCGACAAAACUUUCAAGAUGCUCUAGUCAUUCUGGAUGUUGGAAAAGCAAGCGAGUUUGCCGCUGUCUUGUUUCCGAGAACAUACCCCAACCUUAUAUCUUCUGUCUCCGAUACUCCAUUUGGGGAACCACCAGACAAACUCUCAACAGCCUGUCCACGGGCAGAAGUUGGUCUACCAAAUACCGGCGAUUGUGCGUACUUCACCCUACAAGGGGCAUCAACCGCCGCUAUCACUUCGAUUUUCAGUCAAUCUGUCUAUGACGCGAUCGAAAGUAGCCAACUGCGGCUUUGGGAGAAAAGCCACUUGAUUCUGAAGAGGACAAAUUGUAUUAAAAUUGAAAUGCGACGCAACGAUCCCCAGCACGCGAUAAUUAGCUUGCGCAUUGGGUUCGAGUUGGGAAUGAACAUUGCCCUAAUGUUAUAUGCUGAGGGAAAUGCAAUCGUCUAG